UGUCAGCCGUAUCCGGUGGGGCAGCGGUCCAAGGCUCGGAAAAAAAAAAUCGAAGCGAGCAGGAAGAUCUAGUAACGGUGCGCUUUGUGAAAAUACCAUACGUGCCGAGUCUUUAUCGAAAGGCUCGGUGGGAUUUUACAGUUUUUCGUUAACGUCAGAGGUCAUAGAGCAGGGUUUCGUCUGUCAUCAUGGCAUCUGGAAGUACGAGCAGCGAGGAGGAGCGGAGCCUCAGGGAGUGUGAGCAGUACGUGCAGAAACACAACAUCCAGCAGCUGCUGAAGGACUGCAUCGUCCAGCUGUGCACCUCCAGGCCUGACCGGCCCAUGGCGUUCCUCAGGGAAUACUUCGAGAGGCUGGAAAAGGAGGAGGCCAAGCAGAUUCAGAACCAGCAGAAGGCCAGCAGCUCCCGCUCAGACUCGCGCGAUGAAGAAGUGUCUCCGCCCAUGAACCCAGUGGUGAAGGGUCGUCGGCGGAGAGGAGCCUUCAGUGCAGAGGUUUACACAGAGGAGGACGCAGCCUCGUACGUCAGGAAGGUGAUUCCUAAGGACUACAAAACCAUGGCUGCUUUGGCUAAAGCCAUUGAAAAGAAUGUGCUCUUCUCACACCUGGAUGACAAUGAAAGGAGUGACAUAUUUGAUGCCAUGUUUCCAGUCACCUACAUUGCUGGGGAAACAGUCAUUCAGCAAGGUGAUGAAGGGGACAACUUCUACGUCAUCGACCAAGGAGAGAUGGAUGUGUACGUGAACAACGAGUGGGUGACCAGCAUCGGAGAGGGAGGCAGCUUCGGAGAGCUGGCACUCAUCUAUGGCACCCCGAGAGCGGCUACAGUCAGAGCCAAGACCAACGUGAAGCUGUGGGGCAUCGACAGAGACAGCUACAGGAGAAUACUCAUGGGAAGCACUUUGAGAAAGAGGAAGAUGUAUGAGGAAUUCCUCAGGAAAGUGUCCAUUUUAGAGUCUCUUGAUAAAUGGGAGCGUCUGACGGUGGCCGACGCCUUGGAGCCCGUUCAGUUUGAGGACGGCCAGAAGAUCGUGGUGCAGGGCGAGCCCGGAGAUGAGUUCUUCAUCAUUUUAGAGGGUUCAGCAGCUGUCCUGCAGCGUCGCUCUGAGAAUGAAGAAUUUGUUGAAGUAGGAAGAUUAGGACCGUCUGACUACUUUGGUGAGAUCGCUCUGCUGAUGAACCGCCCCCGCGCUGCCACAGUGGUCGCCCGCGGCCCCCUGAAGUGCGUGAAGCUGGACCGGCCCCGUUUCGAGCGCGUCCUGGGCCCCUGCUCAGACAUUCUGAAACGCAACAUCCAGCAGUACAACAGCUUCGUGUCGCUGUCUGUCUGAGGGAGGACCGCUGCUCCCCAUCUUCUUUUUCUGCCCCCUACUCUUCUUCCUCCUUCUCCUCCUCCUCACCUUCUCUUCUUUCAAACCCAGGGUCCACAAAUGCAAUUUGCUUUUCGUUGUUACUUUGCUCUCAUUUAUUUUAUUUUUUGGCUUUUGAGUUCUCUCUUUGUUUUACUAAAAUGGUUUUUUGCCGUCUCCACGUGUCACGCUGUGGUGACUUUUAGCCACUCACCAGCGCUUGUACCAGCUGCUGUACGCUACCUUGUAGACACAGUUACACCACAUGUUACUUAUCUUUCAUAUAUAUCUAUAUAUAUUUGCUGGUUACACUUUUUCUUUUUAGAUUUCAAUUUAAAGCAGGAGAUCUGAAAGACUUUAGGGUCUCAGACUGAUGAGACAAUCAGACCUUACAAGGCGCUUUUACUGUUUUGCUUUCAGAUGAGGUGAAGGCUGAUUCUUCCCUCUAGGUACACAGAAGCAAGGCAGAAACAUGACCGCACCCAACUGUUGUUCUGCUUGUUUUUAAUCCUUUCUUUUCUUUUAGUAGCGGACAGUAGGGACGACCCUACUGUCCGCUGAUUUCUGGAAUCAGCUGUGAUCUGAGAUUCCAUUCAGUUUUUUAUUGUUGUUUUGUUAACUUUUCGAUGGGGAUGACGAAGGCAGUGACGCGUCUGUUUUCGCUUAGUUUGAAAGAGUUUGUACAACUUAAAGGGUUUUUAUUGUGCAGCUACCAGGCUAGUGCCAAAUGUUGAUUAUUGUCACAGCGCAGACAUGCAUAGCUGCGGAAAUGUUCCCUGGAGCUCCAACAGGAAAUGGCUAGAAUCCUCCUAAUUGACUGAACAACCACACAAGAACUGCCUUGAACACUCAAAGGAGAAGAAGAAAAAAAAUACACAAGAAUAGAAGGCAAAGGAGUAUUACACAAGUUUCAGUAUUCAGUUUCUUUAGAAAAAUACCAAAUAACUUGGUCGCUCUUCUGCUAUUGUUUAUAAUCAAAAUGUUAUUAUAGUAUAGUUCAAAUAGUUCUAUUAUUAUCAUUGAGAAAAUGAUAAAUCUUAUGGUUUGGAGUGAAAUAUGUUUAACUGUCUUUUGUAAACACUUAUUUUUCCAUAAAUUCUAUUUUAGGUGUUUGGUGCCACAAAGUACUAAAUAAAUAAAUGAUUCUUCUCGUUGACUAACAUCAACAGUAUGUAACUCGUAUUGUGUAAAACGUCAUGGGAAAAGUUUUUCAGCAGCAAUGGGACGUUUUGAAGGAAAGUCAAGUAUUUGGCUACUGAAGCUGGCAGGCAGAGAACACACUCACUGCUGUCAUCGCCUGUUAUCGCCUGCAGGGGGAGCCUGCCCUGUUCUCUACGCUUACCUGGCAGGACGCUUUAAAGCAUCCAGUGAUCCGGUGUGAAGGGAAGGGCGUAUUUAAAGAUAGAAAGGAAAAAAAAAAAAGAUGCUUGUUGCAGAAGCAGGAAGUUUGUCAGAUAUUUUGUUUGUUAUCCCUUUGGCUUAACUGCUUCGCCACUAUUUAGAUAGCAUAUGAUGUUUUUGUAAGAUCUACCAAGUGAGAUGAUGUUGAUCUGACUCCUCAUUCCCUCUUCACUCUUUUAUCGGAGCUGACCUCUGAAUCCACAGUGUCUCUGUUCUUUGCUUCAUUUAGAGCAGUCGUAUGCGCUUCACGUUGAGAUGUCUGUUUGAUUUUGAACUUUUUAUUUUUGAAGCUUUUUUUUUUUGUUUUUGUUUUUUUGGUACUGAUUGCGGACCGUUCAGCUCGGUGAAAGGAACGUCUGAACUUAAACUGAUCAUCUGUCGUCCCAGCCGGCCCCCCGGGUUACUCCUGGGUUUGUGUCCACUGAUGACACGUCGUGUUUAUCCUCCGUCAGGGCGGAGGGAGUCACCUUCAUUGUUUUCAUGUAAAUAGCUGCAUUGGAGGUUUUAGUUGGAACCGUUUUUAGCCACACUGCAAUCGUCCCGGUUUGCCUUAGCUUACCUAACCUGGGCUUACAGUAGUCGUCCGUCACUUCUAGCCCGACCUUCAGAGAGCUUGAUUGGUGUGCAGCACGAGGAGCUGCAGCCCGUCAGAGGACCAUUCUUUUUCUAUUCUAACCUGUAUUUAGUUUGACCUCCUAUAUGUGCAAAGAUGUUUAUCCUUUUGGUAUAGAUUGUUCCAGAUGGCAGUUUAAGCAAUAAAAAAAGUAAAAAGUCAA